GUUGAGGUUAGAAGGGACCUCUGGUGAUCGUCUAGUCCAACCCCCCUGCUCAAGCAGGGUCACCUAGAGCACAUUGGACAGGAUUGCAUCCAGACAUCAUUAACUCCAUCUCAUUCCUGUAACGCACUGGAGAACUGGUUCUAUGAUGAAACUUUACGAAGCUGCUGUUACCAGUGUCCCCCAGGCUAUGUUAAAAAGAAAGCAUGUCCUGCAGAUCUACAUCACUGCAUGAGAUGUGGACCUGAACAAUAUCUAAAUGAGGCAUCCCAGAAGCCACGAUGUGAUGCUUGCGUAUCAUGUGCAAAAGAAUCUGACCUUGUGGAAAAAGCCCCAUGUUCCUUCAAUUCUAGCCGUGUGUGUGAGUGCCGACCAGGCUUGUUCUGUCAGACUCCUGUUCUGAACACCUGCAUGCGAUGCCAGCGGCACACUAUUUGCAAGCCUGGUUUUGGAGUCAAAGUCAAAGGCACCUCAACAACUGAUGUUUCUUGUGAAAUGUGUCCUCCUGGCACCUUCUCCAAUCAGAACUCCAGCACCGACAUCUGCAAGCCCCACACUGAUUGUGCCAAGUUAAACAAAGUAGUGCUAAGCACAGGAAAUGCCACACACGAUCAAGUUUGCAUGGACCAAGCUCCCACUUACCUCACCUCAGGCAUCUUGUCUGUGAGAUUAAGCAAUGAAACAAAUAAUUCUGAUGUGACGAGGCUUGAGGAGAAGCUGAUGACCAUUGCUAGUAUCCUUCUAAGUGACGUAACAGCUGAAAACCCCAGUUCAACUGCUGAGGAGAAAGCUCUGGCUGGCCCUUUUCCUACCUCAGAUGUAGCCAAGGGGAAGACAACAAGGGGAGGUCUUGUUCUUUGGGGAAUGGUUCUCUCUGUGAUAGUGCUACUUGUGGGCAUGCUGUUAUUUUGGAAAUGGAAGGUUUGCAAGAGACGGAUCCUCAUCCUCAAGGGAAAGCCACAUCUGUAUUCAGUCACCAGACACAAAUCCAGGCCCAGAUCUCAAGGUUCUGAUCUAGUGAACAAAUGUGCAAAGAUCUUGCUAACUCCUGACAAAGUGCCAGAAGAGAAGGAGUUAGUUGACAGAACCCUCGCUUUGGAAAGAAACAACAACUUGAUCUCCAGCACAGAAAAAGCAUGUACUCCUGAUCUGAGUGUGACUGAUGUGACUGAGAACAGUGGAAAUGCCUUGGAUUGCCCUCUUGAUUCUCGAGUGAGAGAGCAUACAAAUAACCGAAUUGAAAAGAUAUACAUCAUGAAAGCUGAUACUGUCAUUGUGGGAUCCAUUUCUGAAGUGUCUAGUGGCAAGAACUGCGCUGUCAGAGGAUGUGAAAAUGAUGUUCACGUCCAGGAAAACAUGGAAGAAGAGGAGCUGGCAAUGCACUAUCCAGAGCAGGAGACAGAAUCUUUUCCUGGGAAUGAUAUCAUGGUUCCUGUAGAAGAGGAGGGAAAGGAAUUUCGUCACCCUACCACUGCCACUGAAAAGUGAUAUCCCAUUGAGAAGAACUUGAUGUGUUAAACUAUAGAAACACCCUGUGUGACAAUGAUCCUGAAUCUACUAUAAGGGAAGUGAACACAUAUUGCUUUAGGUAAUCUGAAAAGUGGUAUAUAAGACAGGAACACAUUCAAAGGAAGCAUGCCAGAACCUAUUUCAUCUAGCAAAUGAGAGGAUCGUCCAACGCAAUGGGAAGCAUUGAUCUUCAUAGCUCACAUCAAGUGUUUCUCUCUUCUCUUCUGUCUCUCCGAGUAUCAUGCUGGAAAUGAGUUUGAAUCAAAGCUACAAAAUUCAGAGGACUUCUGGAUACAUACUCAGAUUUCAUGACUUGCUUCCUGUACAUGAAGGAAUGGAUUAAAAGUUACAUCUGAUUACUUCCACUAGCUGUGAAAAUUCUGGCCAGAAUCAGGCGUUAAGCUUGAGACCCAGACGUGUUUUAUCUAUUCCAGUAUUACCAACACUUCCAAUUUUGUCACAUGUUUUGCAACAUCUACUAUUUUUCUUAAAGCCUCAACUCUCCAAUGAAAGUGAUGAUAAUUCCUGUUUCCACUAACACAAACAGAACUCUUAAGUUUACAGACUUCAUGUUUCUUGAAGAAGUAUGAUCAAAAGGUGCCUCACAGGCUCAAAAGACUAAAAGCAAAUAAAACUAAUUGCAUCCAUCAUAGUUUAGGGCAAUAUCUGUAUUUUUUGAAGUCUGAUUCAUGGUUUUUGAUCACUUCAAAUCAUCAGUAAAGUUAAAAAUGGCCUCUUGUGAUGAAAGCCAGACUAUUCUCAACAUUUAAAUAUCAAACAAACUCACAGCCAUUCCUCAUAGGACAGAUGCUCCAGCCCUCUGAUCAUCUUUAUAGCCCUACGCUGGACUCUCUCCAGUAGCUCCAUGUUUCUCUUGUGCUGCGGAGCCCAGAACUGGACACAGUACUCGAGAUGAGGCCUCCCCAGGGCUGAGGAGAGGGGCAGGAUCACCUCCCUUGACCUGCAGGCAACAGUCUUCCUAAUGCACCCCAGGAGACCAUUGGCUUUCUUGGCCACA